AUGAGAGUUGUAGCAUGCACUCUGUUCGCCUUGGUCCUGCUGUGGGACAGCGUGAGAGCCGAAAAUACUAUCAGCAGCCUUCGAGCGGCGGCAGUUGCGUGGAAGGGGGAGCUGCCGUGCACGAAUUGGGACUGUGAGUGUGCGUUCAAGCGCCAACGGGGCUGCUGCUGCGCCGCGGGUGAGCUCCGAGAAGUGGAGGAUCAGGUCUUCGCAAGAGUGAUGGACCUGUUGACCAGCAUGUCCCAGCUGGGUGACAGCAUCCUUGAAGUCAUAGGAGGGAUGAGGGUUGCGUUCACGGCCUCCAUGAGCGGCAGAACAAACUGCUUCGGACCUUUCACCAGGAACAGCCCCAUUCCUUAUGAUGUAAUCACCCUCAACCAUGGCAGUGGAUAUAACCCCGCCCUGGGCAUAUUCACAGCUCCUCGUUCAGGACUGUACUCCUUCUCCUUCUCGGUGUAUUCCAAGGUGGCCAAGGAGGGCGAGAGGAUGUACUACAAGGUGCAGCUCAUGAGAAACAACGAGGUGGUGGCAUCUAUUUGGGAAGACAACAGAGAGGACUCAGAAGACAGCAGCUCCCAGACUGUACUGCUGUCACUGCAGCGGGGAGGUCAGGUCUAUCUAGAGCUGAUGAACGGCAGACAGAUAUGUGGCAUCGUCGAGGGCUUAAACACCUUCUCUGGCGCCUUGAUUUACUCCACUCUCGCCUAA